AUGUCUUCUCUGGUCCAUGACUCUCCCGACCGAGCUAUUACGGCUAUCGAGCCUCUGACAGGAAGCGACAAUUUCGCGACCUGGAAACGUCUCAUGACCUCCUACCUCAAAGCGAGGCAGGUCUGGGAUAUGGUGUCGGGCGACCUUCAACGUCCAGACUGCUUGUUCAAGUAUGCCAAGCCAAUUACAGCGGACAUCAGCCCCUUAGUAGAUUCCCACCUUAAUGGGGCGGUGAGGCAGCGAGCCAUUGACACGCACCUCGAAGUGGAGAUCCAAGCGUUCGAGCGCCAUCGUGAAUGGUCGCGUCGCGAGGCUAAGGCCUACCACACCAUCUUCCGGUACCUUUCCCCCAACAUCAGUAUGCACGUCGCGGGAUUGGAGACCUCCCGUGACCUGUGGAAUGAACUCGAAGAACAGUACCGGCGCAUAGAGCUCGCCACGUUUUGCGAGCUGUUCGCCCAGCUUCGCGAAACGACUGGCGACCGUUGUGCCAGCGUGCGUGAAUUUGUAGAUCGCGUGCGAAUGCUGGUGCAUCGGCUGAAUGCCAUCGCCCCUGGAUCAAUUGGCGACAGGGCACAUAUUGCAAUGCUGUUGACACAGAUCGGACCGGAAUACAUCCUGAUCGUGGAUGCCAUCCAAAAUGACAAAGAUCCGGUCAAUCCAACCACAAUCGGAAACCGUCUGGCUAAUGCCGAACAGACGCCGUCAAGACAGAACGGAGUGCUUCCGGCUCACCAGGAAACACCAUAUCAUCAAGCCAGGUGGAAGAACGGCAGGGCCAGCUGA